AUCGACGCGAUAUGCUUCAACCAGGCAGACCUGGACGAGAGAGGCCACCAAGUUCAACUCAUAAAACACAUCUAUUCCGAUGCCGUUCGAGUCUUGGUCUGGCUUAGGGAGGAAGACGAAGACUCGCGACUUGCCAUGUCAACCCUCAAGAAGUGGGCAGAGUGGAGCAACGCCCCAGAUAACAUGGCAGAGCAUGAACGAGAUUCCGAGAAUAUGCUCAAGCGCUGCUGCUCUUUAAGGACAUUCUUUUUUUACCGGUCAUGGCUCAGUAGAGCCUGGACUUUUCAAGAAAUAACUCUGGCCAGUCAUGGCUAG